AUGACCUAUAAUGAUUCAUGUGCUAUACGACACACCUGCACUAUGAUCACGAUAAAGGAUAUGGAGCAGGAUGAGGAUAUCGAGCCACUGAAAGCAAAACUUCUGGAAUUAAAAGAUGCUCCACAAGAGCUUGAAGACGGGGGGCAAGCCACCGUUGAUAAGCUUAUAGAAAUAAAUUUGGGUAAUGAAGAGGAUCGAAGACCCACUUAUAUUAGUGCAUUACUUCCAGAAGAAGAUCAAGAUGUGUUGAAAGCACUAUUGAUGGAAUAUAAAGACUGCUUUGCUUGGACGUAUAAAGAAAUGCCUGGCUUAGAUCCAAGUGUGGCUGUUCAUAAACUUGCCAUUAGUCCAGAUGUGGCUCCAGUUAAACAAGCUCCAAGAAGGACAAGAGUUGACUUAGAAGAACAGAUCAUAACUGAGACUAAAAAGCUUAUUGAAGCAGGGUUCAUCAGAGAAGAAAAAUAUGCUGACUGGAUCACGAGCAUAGUCCCAGUGAAAAAGAAGAAUGGUCAAAUUCGCAUAUGCGUUGACUUUCGAGAUCUGAAUAAAGCAUGUCCAAAGGACGAUUUUCCACUGCCAGUCACCGAACUAAUGAUCGAUAAUACUUCAAGUUACGAGAUGUUUUCGUUCAUGGACGGUUCCUCUGGAUAUAACCAGAUAAAGAUGGCACCUGAAGACGAAAAACACACUGCUUUUAGAACUCCAAUUGGCAUAUACUGUUAUAAGGUUAUGCCCUUUGGUCUGAAAAAUGCAGGAGCCACUUAUCAAAGGGCUAUGACAAUAAUUUUUGAUGAUUUGCUCCACAAGGUUGUUGAGUGUUAUGUUGAUGACUUGGUGGUCAAAACUGUGAAUAAAGCAAAUCAUUUUGAAGACUUGAGAACAGUUUUCACCAGAUUAAAAAAAUAUAAUCUGAAAAUGAACCCUCUCAAAUGUGCAUUUGGAGUUUAUUCGGGCAAAUUCCUUGGGUUUAUUGUUAGACAUAGAGGAAUUGAAAUCGACCCGGCAAAAAUCAAGGCUAUCAUGGAAUUGCCACCUCCAAAGAAUUUGAAGCAAUUAAGAUCCUUUCAAGGAAGAUUGGCCUAUAUCAGAAGGUUUAUAUCAAAUCUAUCUGGCAGAAUUAAACCGUUUUCCAAAUUGGUGAAAAAGGAUGCGCCUUUUAUAUGGGAUGAUGAUUGUCAAACAGCAUUUGACGACAUUAAGAAAUAUUUAUUAAGUCCUCCAGUGCUUGCUGCCCCUAUUCAUGGCAGGCCAUUAAUUUUAUACACUGCUGCGCUUGAAGGAUCGCUGGGUGCACUCCUUGCUCAAAAUAAUGAAGAAGGAAAGGAAAGCGCUUUAUAUUAUCUCAGCAGGAUGUUGGUGGGGGCAGAAAACUUUUACUCGCCAAUUGAAAAGCACUGUCUAGCCCUUAUAUUUGCGGUUAAGAAAUUAAGGCAUUAUAUGUUGGAGCAUAAAAUCCACUUAAUUUCGAGGGUGGACCCACUUAAAUUCUUAAUGACAAGACCAGUUUUGACUGGAAGGUUGGCAAAGUGGGCUGUUAUACUGCUGGAAUUUGACAUCACUUAUGUCCCACAGAAAGCCAUCAAAGGUCAAGCACUUACUGAUUUCUUAGCUGCGCACCCAAUUCCAGAUGACUCACCUUUGGUCUGCGAUUUGCCCGAUGAGCACAUCAUGUUUGCUACGGACGACCAACCUUAUUGGAAAAUGUAUUUUGACGGUGCAUCCUCAAUUCAACCAGCUUUCAGUCCAAAUAUCCCUAAGAUUAAGGCCGGGAUAGCGUUAAUCUUUGUAACACCUGAAGGAGGCAUUUUAAGAUACUCAUUAGCCCUUUCUGAACCUCGCACAAACAAUGAGGCUGAAUAUGAAGCUCUUAUUGCAGGUUUAGAAAUUGCGAUCCAGUUGAACAUACAAAAAUUGCAUAUCUUCGGAGACUCCCAAUUAAUCAUCAACCAAGUUGAAGGGGAGUUUAAAAUACAUAAACCUGAGCUGGUCGAAUAUCAGACGAGGGUAAAAUAUCUUAUGGAGAAAAUUCCAUAUGUAAAAAUAGAAAAAGUAUCCAGGGCUGUAAAUGGAAAAGCCGAUGCCCUAGCUAGAUUGGCUAAAGAGCUUGCCGAUCCCACUAUGGAUGAAGUCCAAAUAACUAUACGGAAUCGUAAAAUAUUGUCCCCGGCUGACUUAAAUCCAGAAAAAGAUACAAAGGAAGCUGAAGUCGCAACUAUCGAUAUAGAAGAUGAUUGGAGGGAACCUUUCAUCGACUUUCUCAAAUAUAAUAAGUUGCCAGAGGAAAAGUCGAGACAGGCACAAAUUAAGAAAAGGGCAAUGAGAUAUGUAUUUGUUAAUGAUCAGCUUUAUCGUAGAUCUUAUGAUCAAUUAUGGCUUAAAUGUUUAUCACCAAAUGAGAUUAAACAAGUCAUGCAUGAAGUUCAUUCAGGCGUCUGCGGUGCGCACCAAUCAGGGCCAAAAAUGCGCCUCAAAAUUAAACAUUUGGGAUAUUAUUGGCCAACAAUGAUACAAGAUUGUAUGAUGUAUGCUAGAAAAUGCCAUCAAUGUCAAAUCCACGGUGACUUCAUUCAUCGGCAUCCAAAUCCCUUGCAUCCUACAAUCGCCUCAUGGCCAUUUGAUAUGUGGGGAACAGAUGUGAUAGGACCUAUCAAUCCGCUAUCUUCCAGGGGGCAUAAAUUCAUUCUUGCUGCUACAGAUUACUUUUCUAGAUGGGUUGAGGCAAUCCCACUUAGAGAAGUAAAAGCAGAUGAUGUGGUCAAAUUCUUCAAAGAAAAUAUCCUAUAUCGAUUCGGAGUUCCAAGGCGAAUUAUAUCUGACAAUGGAACUGCCUUCAGGAGUUUCAAAGUCAAUAGAUUUGCCACUCAACAUAAAAUUGAUUGGAGAUAUUCUUCAAUAUAUAAUGCAAGGGCUAAUGGACUGGCCGAAGCCUUUAAUAAGACUUUGACAAAGCUAUUAAAGAAAAUCAUUGGCAAAAAUCAAAAGGAAUGGCAUAUGCGGAUCAUCGAAGCUCUAUGGGCCUAUCGGACCACAUACAGAACGCCAACUCAAGCAACACCCUAUUCCUUGGUGUUCGGUGUUGAGGCGGUAUUACCAUUAGAAGUUGAAUUGCCCUCAUUACGAAUAGCAGUUCAACACGAGUUAACAAAUGAAGAAAAUGCUCUACUAAGGCUUGAUGAGCUAGAUGCAUUGGAUGAAGUCAGGUUGACUGCCCAACAGAAUUUGGAACUAUAUCAAGCCCAAAUGGCAAGCGCAUAUAAUAAACUUACCCGGUACCGCACCAUUAGUGUUGGGGAGCUGGUGCUCGUUCUUCGCAGACCGAUUAUAAUCAAUAAACAUACUGGGAAGAAGUUUGAUCCAAAUUGGGAAGGCCCAUAUGUGGUGGAGAAAGCUUAUGAAGGCGGUGCCUACCAAUUAAUUGACGCCAAAGGUGAAAGGCCAAUGCCACCUAUCAACGGCCGUUUCUUAAAAAAAUAUUAUGUAUAA